AUGUGUUCAAUAUCCUUGUCUGGGAGCAUAAUAGGAGUGAGUGACAAUUGAGAAAGUAGGUCGACAAUGGCGCCUAAACUCGUAGCUCUAUCCUCCUUAUGCCCAUUCCAUAUUCCCAAUUACCAAAAUUCAGCGCUUAACAUGUACAAAUUCCACACUACUCCCAAACCCAACCUUAUCCUCUGCAAAUCCACACAGACCACUAUCUCAGAAUCCGAAUCACCUGAUGGCUAUGGUGCUGCUGCCCCGACCCGAGGUGACAUAUAUCUUCAACGCCAACAAGCUUCAUCUGGGUUAGCCACAACUACAACUAACAAGAAAAAGAAGAAGAAAUUAGAUAAAAUUCUUAAUGUUUCCAACUUGGCUCCUUGUUGUUACGGCUGUGGAGCUCCGUUGCACACAUUGGAAGUGGAUGCACCGGGUUAUGUUGACCAGGAAACAUACGAUUUGAAAAAGAAACAUCACCAACUUCGUAAAAUUCUUUGUGGACGGUGUCGCCUAUUGUCUCAUGGGCACAUGAUAACUGCAGUAGGUGGAAAUGGAGGUUAUCCUGGAGGCAAGCAAUUUGUUUCAGCAGAAGAGCUUCGAGAAAAGUUGUCUCAUUUACGCCAUGAGAAAGCUUUGAUUGUUAAAUUGGUUGAUAUUGUAGACUUCAAUGGCAGUUUUUUGGCUCGUGUGCGAGAUCUUGCUGGUGCAAAUCCCAUAAUUUUGGUUAUAACUAAGGUGGAUCUUCUUCCAAAAGAAACUGAUCUUAAUUGUGUCGGUGACUGGGUUGUGGAAGCCACAAUGAAGAAGAAGCUUAAUGUUCUGAGUGUUCAUUUAACAAGUUCAAAGUCAUUGGUUGGAAUCUCUGGGGUGGUGUCAGAAAUCCAAAAAGAGAAAAAGGGAAGGGAUGUAUACAUUCUGGGCUCAGCAAACGUGGGAAAAUCUGCAUUCAUCAAUGCGCUGUUAAAUACGAUGUCAUACAAGGACCCAAUUGCAGCCUCUGCACGAAAAUACAAACCAAUACAAUCAGCUGUUCCUGGAACGACACUGGGUCCAAUCCCAAUUGAUGCUUUCCUUAGUGGUGGGAAAUUGUAUGAUACCCCUGGAGUCCAUCUUCAUCAUAGGCAAGCUGCAGUUAUUCAUGCGGAAGAUCUCCCUACUCUUGCUCCACAAAGUCGUCUUCGGGGUCAAGCUUUUUCAAGCUCUGCGCUAAACUUGGACUCACAGAUAGCUGACCGAGUGAGAUCAAGUGGCUUGAAUGGAUUAUCAAUAUUCUGGGGAGGCCUUGUGCGAAUUGAUGUUUUGAAGGUUCUCCCAGAGACUUGUUUAACAUUUUAUGGACCCAAGGCAUUGCAAAUUCACAUAGUGCCUACUGAAGAAGCAAAUGAAUUCUACCAGAAAGAACUCGGAGUUCUAUUGACACCUCCGACAGGAAAAGAAAAAGCAGAGGACUGGAUGGGACUUGAAACGAAGCGCCAAUUACAAAUUAAGUAUGAAGAUAUUGAGAGACCUACCUGCGAUGUGGCUGUAUCUGGUCUUGGAUGGUUCUCUGUAGUGCCAGCCGGAAAAUCUAAUCCAGUUUCAGAAGUUGCAGCUGGAGAGCUAACAUUUGUUGUCCAUGUUCCGAAGCCAGUAGAGAUUUUUGUUCGACCUCCUAUGCCUGUUGGCAAAGCUGGAGGACAGUGGUACGACUACAGGGAGUUGACAGAGGAGGAAUCAGAAGUGAGACCCAAAUGGUUUUUCUGAUUGUUACUAGUUUGAGUUUUACCUUCUAUAUGAUUGACGGUGUUCUUAUUUUUUACAUUAUUAGAUCACAUAAAUGAUAACUGUGGGUAAUCGUCGUAAAAAUAGGUGCCUAACCUGGGAAAAUAGUGCAGGGUACCUGCUACGAGUAUACAAGGUUAAUGUAAAAAAAUCUUGCACUGUCGGUGUAUAUAGUUUAAAUCCACUCUGAAAUUCA